CUUGUGAAUGUGGAAAAGGGAAUUGCCAAAGUCCGAAGUCCGUGAUACUGUUAUCUCACAUAGGCGAGCUAAAUGCACGGACCAAGCGUUGUCAGUACGUCAUUGUGUAGGUUUUCGCAAAUCAAUUCAAUGGCCUUUCCAGUGUAAAACAAGUCGACGUUUUGAGAAAACCGCACACUCGCUAUCAUGCGACUUCUCCCGAGGCGAGCCCUUGCUCACGAUCUUUCUCCGGGCCUCAUAUGCCAUAGUUACUGGCUGCAACGGCGCCGGUUCGCGACCUCGCUUCCUCCUCCCCCGCCGCCCGUUUCAGGAUAUACAUUGUUGACUUCACGAAGGCUCAUAUCCGUCACCGGACCAGAUUCAACAAAGUUUCUGCAGGGAAUCGUGACUGCCAACGUGACCACGAAGGAUGGAAAACCGAGGAGUGAUGGGUUCUAUGCUGCUUUUUUGACUGCGACUGGCAGAGUGCUCUACGAUGUGUUCAUCUACCCCAAUCACAAUACUUCGGGAGCUUCGGCAGAGGAGCCAGGGUAUCUGAUUGAAGUUGAUGCAGACCAAGCAUCAACGCUCGCGAAGCAUAUUAAGCGUUACAAGCUCAGAGCAAAGCUAGCCGUUCGCUUAUUGGGAGAAGAUGAGGCGACAGUUUGGCAUGCGUGGGAAGACUCGAACUCUGCGGACUUGAGCUCAAUUGUCAAGUCGGCCAACUUUUCUCUUCAGGAUCCACGAGCCCCUGGUCUGGGAUAUCGGCUACUGCAACUGGAUCAGCACCCUCCCCGGAUCGAUCUCGAACCAAGCACCGAGGAAGCUUAUACAAUACGGAGAUACCUAAACGGUAUUCCUGAAGGUCAAGAUGAGAUAUCUCGAGAGCAUGCUCUUCCUCAGGAAACGAAUAUGGAUAUCAUGAAAGGAAUCGAUUUCCACAAAGGCUGCUAUGUUGGCCAGGAACUCACAAUCCGCACUAGACAUCGUGGUGUUGUUCGCAAACGAAUCCUGCCCUGUGUAGUCUACGAAAAGGAGCAUGCACCGCCAACAACACUGCAAUAUCACGGAGACGAUACAGUGUCAUCUCUCGAGAGUGUGACUGCAGACAUGAUACCACGAGACACAAGUAUCGGACGAUUUGAGAAACGAGGUCGAAGCGCCGGCAAGUGGCUCAAGGGUGUGGGAAACAUUGGGCUUGGGCUGUGCCGCCUCGAGAUCAUGACUGAUGUGACACUGCCGGGAGAUGCGGCGUCGGGGUCUUUCAACCCCGAGGACGAGUUUGUGUUAGAUUGGGGCGAGGAGGAAAGCCGCAAUAGAGUAAAGGUUAAAGCUUUUGUACCGGAUUGGUUGAGAAGAGGGCUCGAUGCUGAGAACCAGAGACAUGAAAAGUAGAGCAGUAAACAUGGAACUGUGGUGUAAAAUACUGUAUAAAUACAAUGCUUCGGUGUAUCAGGUAGAGGCAGAUCUGUAUAUAUAUUCGAUACUCUUGAUUCCUUGAGUAGACCUGCAGCUGUUAUACUACUUGGUUAAGGCAGUAAUCGCGUUAUUAAGACAGAUAAACCUAA